GAUUCUGUGUGUCGAAGAAUGCAGGCAUUUGUGGGUCUUCUUGCACUCCUCAUCGUCGCCGUCGCGGCGAAGCCCCAAGAUCCGCAGCAGUGGGGCCAGCAAGCCAUGGACGCGGGCGCUGUCUUGAUUGCUGAGGGCGCCGAUCGGAUCCGCGAUGGCGUGGCGAUGAAGGAGAAGUAUUCACGCAAGUUUGACGUCUUUGGAGUUCCUAUUGGAGGGGAAAUCGGAUACAAGAUUGGCGCGGGUGAUUCGCUAAAUCGUGACAAGCGUCAGGUGGAGAAACCUGUUGAGGUGGAAACCGAGAUUGCGGACGGACAAUUGAAUCCAGGUGACGAACAAGUCGAAAAUCGUGCGGAAGAAGGCAAGAAGUGGUACAGAAAAUUCAGGGAAUCUUGCGAAAAACUCCUCCGUCGCAUUGGAGAGUUCUUCAAUGCGACGAAUGAAUGAACGGGCAGAAGACCUCAUCGAGGUGGAAUAUAGACAUCUUCACGCUCGACAGAUUCAUUUUGAAUAUGUAAUUAUACACAAAAAACUGUCUACUUUCUGGCGUCACUUCGAGAGAAAUUCUGUUCGGGGAAAUUAUUCGGAAUAAUAAAGGUGCUUUCGUGUUGUAUAGAAAUAGAUCAACUAAUGCGCAUCAAAAGAUCCUAUUUACAUAAAAUUCAGACUUUUCCUUCUGUAAAAAUCGUAAAUUUCCUAAUGAUUUGACCAUCAAAUGUUUUCUUUUAUUCUGUAAAAUUCAUCCAAAGAAAUUCAAGUGAAAAUAAAUGCAAAAGAAUUUGCACAUCUUAACUAGAAAUGUAUUUUUUUUCUUCUUUUUUUCUGUUAGAGACGAAGAAUUAAGAUUAAUCUGGGUUUCUAUUCGGUGUAGAUAUUGUUGCUUUCUGUCUAUUCUCUUAUUUUAUAUGGGUUUGUCAUUCAGCUAAAUUGAAAACACUGGGAGAUGCAAGAGAAACCACAAUUUCAUACAAAUGUCAGUUAUAAUGUUUUGUUCCUCUGCACGAGGAAAAAUGUCAACUAAAUGAGUGAUAGGGUGACAUUUUGUGCAAAAUGACGGAUUUAUAUGAAAAUAUAUUACAUCUUCGCCAAAAACUUCCGAUUGACCGGUGAAACUUAAUUAAAUAUUGCUCACUUUUCCUCUCAAUGGGUUUUACUUUCUUAUUAAAUUUAUGUUUUUUUCUACUAUAUAACGCGUUUUAUGAUAAGAAAUUCGUGACAUUUAACAGUGUUUUUUCAUAAUCUUUCUCUUCUCUAUUAUUUAAAUCGACUUCUCGUGACACAAAAGUGGGAAUAAAAUACUGAAAAUGAAGUCUUGACCCUUAAGAGAUAAUUGUAAGUCUGGACGAUAAUCUUCCCUUGCGAUUGUAUCGUUCUUAUUUAAAUCAUUUCAACACUGGAUUUCCCACGACAUUAUCAUCUUAAAUUACAAUAUUAUACCUUUAAUUUCUAUAAGAAAUUUUUUAUCCUUCCCCAUCUAUAAACACGACUAGGUAUAGUUAUUUCAUUCCUCCCAAUAUUAAACUCGUCUGCAUUGAAUUCAAUUUGAUUAACUUGAUUGUAUCUCGUUCUAUGCUCUCAAAGUUUCCUUGCGAGCGAAUAUUGGAUGAA